UCAGAUGAGAGGGGCGGGGCCACGGUCCCGUGGUCAGAGGCAUCCUUGCUCUGGGCCCCUCUUUCUCCCCCCCCCACACCUAUCCGCCAUUUUGCUCUUGCCGCGUGUUGUCUUCGGAAGGUUCGUCGGACUGAGUUGAUUUUUCAGAUAAAACAAGAUGAAUCAAGAAAAGCUGGCUAAACUUCAGGCUCAGGUCCGAAUAGGCGGAAAGGGUACAGCUCGCAGAAAGAAGAAGGUAGUGCACAGAACAGCAACCGCUGAUGACAAAAAACUUCAGAGUUCACUCAAAAAAUUGGCUGUAAAUAAUAUUGCUGGCAUUGAAGAGGUGAAUAUGAUAAAAGAUGAUGGGACGGUUAUUCAUUUCAACAAUCCCAAGGUCCAGGCUUCACUAUCUGCAAACACAUUUGCAAUUACUGGGCACGCUGAAGCCAAACCAAUCACGGAAAUGCUACCUGGCAUCUUAAGCCAGUUGGGAGCUGACAGUUUAACAAGUCUCAGAAAGCUAGCUGAACAGUUCCCAAGGCAAGUGUUGGACAGCAAAGUACCAAAAUCGGAAGAUAUUGAUGAAGAAGAUGAUGAUGUUCCUGAUCUUGUAGAAAACUUUGAUGAAGCAUCAAAAAAUGAAGCAAAUUAAUUCAUUAAUAGUUCUGGAAGUCAACAUGGACUAGAUCUAAGAAAUCAGCUGUGUGGUUCCAAAGUUUUACAGAAGCAGUGAACGUUACCCGUUUAAUAGUUCAAUAAUAUAAAAUAUUUUGUAUUUUAAUUAUGCUGCUUGUUCAGCAGUUCCUGUCAUUUGAUUUUUGCAUUUUGCACUUAUUCCCAGGAUAUACUUUUUCAGUCAAAAAGAAAAAAAAUAUAAAUGACAUUUUCAGAGCAGAUUAAGGGGUGUGUACAUGUGUGUGGAUGUAUGUAUGUGGCUUUAUGUAAAGUUGAGAGGAAAUUGAAGAACAAAACUGUUAUGGCUCCCUUCAUCAGUUAAAGUAGAAAUCAAAUAAAUCUUUAACUUGGUUACAGUAACUUUUCUUAUUGCAACCAACCAGUGGUCAUAUAAUAGUGAAAAAGUGAGUCUUGUCCACAUUUCAUGAACUCCAGAUACUGCUUACUAAUCAACAUCUGGUUUUAAUUUUCCAUGUUAAUUAUUGUGUCUGCAAAUGUAUUUCUCUCCCACAUUGAGAAUGUAUACCUGUAGCUUCCCAUCAGUUUACUUUUGAUUUUAAAUUGUACCAAAGACAGGAUAUUAACAAACAUGUAUUUGCAACAUUUAAAACAACAUAAAAUUCAAGAGCUUUUGUCUUCCUUUAAAGCUCUUCUCAUUCAUUUUAAUACUUAAAUUGCAUCUACAUGUUAUGGAAUAAUUUGCCUUACCUUGGAUAAAAGCACUGUUCUGUGAAAUCCUGUCUGUUUAAUGUGAGCAAGUGCUAACCCUGCGUCUGUCAGCUGACUUCUGCAAAAGCCAGAUGCUAUGGCUAUUCAGGGUUGCUUGGGAAAGACUGGUGUAUCUGUGACUGUGAUAAAGAUUGGAGGCUAUGUUCUGCCUUGUGCUGAAUCUGGUGCUUUGUGGUUUCCCUUUGGUACAGUUAGCUGUCUUUCAGUUAGACCCUUUAAGGUAUUGGGUGUUGUUUGACCUUUUUCAUCUUGGGUAAGCAGUACUCUUCUUGACUUGUGGGUAUAUUAUCCAGUGGUAUUAUUCACUUUGAUAGAAGGAUAGCACUUUCCCUUUUGUACAGAUUUUUAGUAGGAAAUAGUGCAUUGUUGUGCACAGUUGGAUGAUUCGUUAAAAAUGUAAAAUAAUUCUAGUGUUAUUGUUUUGUUCCUGGGGCGUGUGAGCCAGUGCUUCAGGACAUGAAUUUGGAAGUUUAAUUUGGAUAGUACAUUAAAAACAAGGAAAGGGCUGUUGAGUGUAUUGUGUUUGUAACACAUUCCAGAAGGAGGCUUAAAAUUAUUCAUUUUGGAGGUAACAUUCCCUUUUUAAUUGCUACCUACUCUGGGUGGAUAUAAUGGUUACAGUCACAUUUAAAAUUAAAGGCCUUCCUCUAAUACAUGUUCUGUGAAACAUGGAGCCUAUGGCACUAUAUCACAGCUACAGUGCAGUAUUUUCUGAACUUUCCUUCUGACUGCUCAAUGUGAAGCUCUUCCUAGCAAUUCUUCAGAGGUGCUUGAUGUUUUUUUUUUCAUUUGAGCAUCAUUGUAACCUUUGUCAAGGGCAACUGCAGUUCAGGAAAGUCAACUUUCCUUGCAACUUACUUUGGCGUACUUUUCAGACAUAUCAGCUUUCUCUGUGUUUAUGUGUGUGUAUAUACACAUAUACAUGCACAUCAAGUUACUAUAUGGCUUGAGACUUAGCAUUUUCGUGACACCAAGCUGAGCCACAAAAGCAGAGCUUCUCGUGAUUUGUCAUCUGGACUGCUCACUUGAUUUUAUAGAUGGUUUGGUUUUCUUGUUCUAUUUUAUAAAGUACAUGGAUCUUAAUAAAAUAAUUCAAUGGAGGCAACGUUUCCUCUUGUGUGUUAUCUCCUUCUCUCAACAGCACUAAUACAGGAACAAAAUGAGGAUGCAAGUAAUGCUUUAAUGAGCAAUACACUUGUCAUGCUACAUUUUGGAGGACUGAUUCUGUUCUAAAUACAUACAUAUUAUGGAAAUAUUUCUUGGACAGCAAAUGCAAAUCUAGAGACCUUUUUAUAGUCGGCUUUUAUUGAUUAGUAUGGAUCAGUGUUCCCUCUAAGCUGUGUGGGUGCAUGGCCAAACAGUGCUGCAGCCAGUGUUGCAAACUGCCACCCAUUUGGUUCUGGUCAUGGCCAGAACCCUAUGUUCCCAAGGUGGGGCCCCCACCCAGUGCUGGCAGAUAAUUAGAGGGAGCAUUGGUAUGAAUGAAACUGCCUUAAUGCCUGUUGGUGACAGUCUUCAACACGAUUGUGAAAUCUCAUGCCCUAUAACUGAACCUGAAUGGCUGUUUCUCUUGCAGUGACACUGAUUUGCUGGUUUCUCAGAUUUUGUGUAGCUUUUCCCCAGUUUCAAAAGACAAUUAUUCUGCUGUUAUGUACUGACAGUAAGAUCUUGAAGGCAAAAACAUGCUGGGAUUUUGAUCUUAUCCUGCUGCUUUGGGUCCUGCCAAUCACUGGAAUCUGAUCCUUGAGAACUUACCUGGAAUUGAAUUAAAUCCUAAUGCUGAGUGAGGUUAUGUAGCCUGAUGUAUGACAUAUCAACUUUUGAUUUGUUUUCUGAGGCACAGAAUGAAUAAAUUCUUCAAGGCAGCAAAGGAAAGGUUUUGAUUGUUUCAUUACAUAAUAUGCACCAACAAAACUCCAACUGUUCACUUUUCUGUUGCUAAUGUAUUUGUAAUGCAUAUUGUUAGUUACAAUGGGAAAGGAACAAGCUAACUUUCAUAUUAUUUUUACUGUAUACAAAGAACUGUUGACCACUUUUUCUUCCUAACAUAGUAUAUAAAAAAACAUUAAACUGAUCAUAAUUGAA